UCUCUGAGCGCGCGGCGGCGGCGGCGGCGUGCGUGCGAUGGACCAGUUGGCGUCUGAGCUGCAUCGGGUCGAGGCUCUUCGUUUCGGGGAGUUUGUGCUCAAGAGCGGCCUCGUCUCUCCGGUGUACGUCGACCUGCGUGUCAUCGUUUCUCACCCGGCUCUGCUCAACAAAGUAGCCCAUCUUCUUUUUCAAACAACAAAGGAUGCUGGAAUCAAGUAUGACUCUGUGUGUGGGGUUCCAUACACAGCUUUACCUUUGGCUACAAUCAUCUGUUCAGCAAACCAGAUCCCAAUGCUUAUUCGCAGAAAGGAAGCAAAAGAGCACGGUACCAAGCGCAUUGUGGAAGGCAUCAUAAAGUCAGGAGAAACUUGUCUCAUCAUUGAAGAUGUGGUCACCACUGGCUCCAGUGUCUUGGAAACAGCAGAGGUUCUUCAAAAAGAGGGGUUGAAGGUCACUGAUGCCAUUGUGCUGUUGGACAGAGAGCAGGGAGGAAGAGCCAUGCUGGAGAAAAAGGGGAUUCGUUUACACUCAGUAUGUACUUUGACGAAGGUGCUGAAAAUCCUCGAGCAGCAAAAAAAGGUUGCUUCCGUGAUGGUGACGAAGGUAGAGAAAUUCAUUCAGGAAAAUGAUAGUCAGCCUUCUGAGCAAAAUGGCGCUUCUAGUGUAAAAAGAAUGUGCAAAGAAAUGAGUUUUGGUGCUCGAGCUGAGUUGCCAGGCACACAUUCCCUCACUGCCCGACUUUUCAGGCUCAUGGAGAAAAAGCAGUCUAAUUUGUGUCUUUCUGCUGAUGUGACCAAGUCCACAGAAUUGCUUGGUCUGGCUGCUGCUCUUGGCCCAUCCAUCUGUGUCUUGAAAACCCACAUAGAUAUUCUGGACGAUUUCACCUUAGAAGUAAUAAAAGAAUUAAGAGAACUUGCAGACCAGCACGAAUUCUUGAUAUUUGAAGACCGGAAGUUUGCAGACAUUGGAAAUACAGUGAAGCAUCAGUAUGAAGGUGGCAUCUUCAAAAUAGCAUCCUGGUCAGAUAUAGUUAAUGCCCACGUGGUUCCUGGACCUGGUGUCAUUCAGGGAUUGAAAGCAGUAGGGCAACCUUUACAACGAGGAUGUCUUCUGGUUGGGGAGAUGAGUUCAGAAGGGUCUCUGGCUACUGGUGAAUAUACAAAAGCUGCAGCUAAAAUGGCUGAAGAACACUCUGAUUUUGUUUUGGGUUUUAUUUCUGGCUCCAGAAUUGUUGAAAAACCUGAAUUCCUUCACAUGACUCCCGGUGUUCAGAUGCAGGCUGGAGGUGAUAGCCUUGGGCAGAAGUACCUGAGUCCUCAAGAAGUGAUUGGAAAAAAAGGUUCUGAUGUCAUAAUUGUGGGGCGAGGCAUCUUGUCUGCACCCAGUCAUCUGGAGGAAGCAGAGACUUACAGGAAAGCAGCAUGGGAGAGCUAUUUGCAGAGGAUUGGUGUUAACGCACAAGUCUGACAUCAGUCCUGGAUCCUAUUAAGUAUCUCAAUCAAAACAUUCCAAGAAGCUGGAAUAAUUGAGGAGGCCGUUUCUGUUUGGUUAUGUUAAACCAAAAUCUACUGAUUAUUAUGCGCCAGGGAGACUGGUAUGCAGACUACAGUUUUGUCUCUGGCACACUUCACAAUGUGAAUUCAAAUAGUUUAUUUGACUAGAGUUACAUUUCUACUAUUCCUUCAUUUAAAACAAAUAAAAAACUAAUACACUCCA